AUGUUCACUCUCGUCUUAGUUGUACUCGUUGCAUCACUGGGAUUCGAAAUGGGAGUUAUCGCAGGUCCAGUUCCAGAACCAGCAGCGGCAGCGGCAGCAGCAAACAGUGGUUGUCCUGGCUGUCUUGGUGGAUGCCCUAAAUGCCGUGGGGGGUGUUGUGGAUGCCGUGGUUGCCGAGGUGGAAAUUGUCCAGGUGGCUGCUGUAAAGGCUGUCGAAGACAUUAA